UAUGUUCAAAAUUUGCAGUUUUCAAGAUGGUAAUUGGUACGUUUCCCAUUGGCAAGGUCUUCAUUUUUACCAUGAAGCAAAUUAGCAAGCCCGUAAGCAAUUUAUUAAAGAGCUAUGCCCGACACCAUCCGUUCUUCAGACGGAUCGUUUGCAUUCCGCCGGGACAGGUUUAUAAUAAUUUGGAGGUUCGGUUGAAAUUACACCUUCUGAAACUCAAACAACCGAAGCGAGUGCCGCCUCUAACACCCGCCAUGGCAACUAGAAUCGGAGCAGAUAUACUGGGCGAAGUUAUUGUGACGAGCAUUGGAGUGUUCCUUCUAUACUAUGAGGUUACACGUAAUCGGCUGAAGAACGAAAAGAAGCACGAAAAGCACAGAGAGCAGAGGAUGCUUUUGGAUCAAAGGAUCGGUAGCCUGAAUACAAAUAUAGAUCGAAACGAAAAUGAAAUCCGCAAGAUAAAGGCGGCUUUAUCUUUCGAACUCGAAAAUUACCGCUACCGAGAUGACGGCUGUGAGUAGCAUUUGAAAUGACCAUCAC